AACAUGUAUCAUACAAGCCCAUGAAAGAGAAACACGUGGUAUCAAAGCCAACAGCGUGGAGUCGUGGACCUUAACAGUUCCUUCUGUUUUCAAAUUACAUGGUAGAAAAAAUCUCAAUCUUAAUCCAGACCUGAUUAAUUAUCUUAUCUUAGAUCGAAUUACUACUUAAGCUAAUUCCUUUUCCUCCCACAAAUGGAAAUCUCAAGUUUCUCAAAAUCAAAUACUCAUUACUUUCCUUCUCCACCACCAUCAUCAUCAUCAUCAGCUUGUAGAUCGGAUUCGUUGUUGCUAUUCAAUAGAAGACAUUUUCAAUGUCGUCAAUCCUAUCUCUCUACUCAACCAAUCAGAAUCAAAACAAUAUUAAGAUUAAAAUCAUUUUCUCCCGCUAAAAAUCGAUUCAAGGUUUCAUCAAGCCAAAGUAAAGAAACUCCAGUAUUAGAGGCCAGUUGUAUAGAUGAGAUAUAUGAUGCUUUAGCUGCUCGACUUUUUCCUACAUCAGCAAUGGAAUCAAAUCCUAAUUCUAAGUAUAUCGUAGGCAUAGCUGGUCCACCUGGUGCAGGAAAAUCCACUGUAGCAUCUGAAGUAACUCGACGAAUAAAUAAGCAAUGGCCACAAAAGGCGUCUGGAGUUGGUAUAGAUGCAGUUAAUCCUCCAGAUUUUGCUAUUGUGCUUCCCAUGGAUGGGUUUCAUCUUUUCCGUCACCAGCUGGAUAAAAUGGAGAAUUCUGAAGAAGCUCAUGCAAGGAGAGGAGCCCCAUGGACAUUUGAUCAAGAAUUGCUAUUAAAAUGUCUCAGGUCUCUAAGAAUCGAGGGAUCAGUUUACGCUCCAUCCUUCGACCAUGGUGUUGGAGAUCCAAUAGAAGAUGAUAUAUUUGUGACCCUUCAGCACAAGCUUGUGAUUGUGGAAGGUAAUUAUUUGCUUUUGGAAGAAGGUGCUUGGAAAGAAGUUUCUUCUGUAUUUGAUGAGAAGUGGUUCAUUGACAUUGACAUUGAUACAGCAAUGCAAAGAGUACUAAAGAGGCAUAUUUCAACAGGAAAACCUCCAGAUGUCGCUAAAUGGCGGAUUGAUUAUAACGACCGGCCCAAUGCAGAGCUUAUAAACAAGUCGAAAAAGAAUGCAGACCUGAUAAUCAGGUCAGUGGAUUUGUAGUUAUGAAUGCCAUGGAAUGAUUAAAAGAAAUAAAUCAAGGAAGAGAACUAUCUGAUUGUAAUUAUUCAUAAAUGGAUGAUGGAACUAUUCUUCCCCAUGUCAUGGUAAAUCAUUUGUUCUUCAGUGUAACCUAAACAAAAAACAAUAAAGUAGAUUAGCACUAAGCACAUUGCAGUAAUUUUCCAUCUACAUACCCGAAAACCAUCGUCUUUACCCCACUAUCUAAUAUUUCUCAUGUUAUGUUACAAAUGAUGAACACUUAAAAUGUGGAGUGAAACAAUACUUUUCUCAUUUUUGUUA